UAAUAAUCUGUUAUAAGAAGUUUGAAUUGGUUGUUUAGAUGUUCAGUACCAGGUGUUUUCCGCAUGCUGUUAAAUUUGAUCUUAUGUUAUGGAUAGUGCAGUUCGUCCAAAUCUUGCUUGCUAUAACCAACCUACAACAUCGGAAUAUUUUUGUGCGAUAGCGAUAUGGCAACAAAUGUUACCCGUUUCAGUGUUAGAUGUAGUAUAUGUAAUGACGUAUUUAACAAUGAUUACGCUGCCCGCCACACGAAGUCCAAGCACAAAGAUUUGGCUGCAAUGGGAAGGACUGCUCCUACGACGGCAAUAGUUGAAACGGACUCGCAGCAGAGAAAAAUAAAAACAUUUUUUCAAUCAAAAGGCGGUACUUUUCCAAAGAAACGAAAGGUUAAUGAUUUUGAAACUGAAAGAACAACAGAAGACCCCGAAGAACAAGAAGUUGAAAUUUCGAAAAUUCAAGACGAAGAGCAAAUCGAACGUGGUACAACUUCUAGCUUGGACCCCGAAGUCACGAAUGUAGAUGCUGACAACUACGUCACCAUUUCGGAAGCCGAACAGUCGAUGUCGGACAUUGUGGAAGCAGCAAAUGAAAGCGACAGCAACGAGGAUAUCGAGGAAAAUUUGGAACAGUUGGAACUCGAGUUGGAAGAUGAAGUUGAUCCUGCAGGAUUAUCAGCCGAAGCACUUCAAGGAGAUUCGAGAGGACCGCAACUUACACUAUCCGUCGCUGGCCCCAAGGACAUAUCCUCAACCAAAGACGGCGGACCUGUGCAGCCUCGUAAUAUUUCCUUCCCUACACAUUUGAUUGGCAAUCAGCAUCGCGCAUUCACACCUUUGCUGUAUGAAAAGUAUCCCUGGAUUGAGUAUUCGCAAAUGGAGGAUGCCAUCUUCUGUUUCCACUGUCGUAAUUUUUCAGAGAAUCGGAAGGAUCCAGCGUUUGUUAGUCAAGGCUUGCGCAAUUGGAAAAGAUGCUAUGGCACCAAAGUGAAUGAUAACAAACUCUUGCAACAUCAAACCAGCCAUCUUCAUGCCCAAAGUGUAGCUGCUAAAGCGCACUAUGAAAACGUUAAGUCUGGAAAUUUUCAGACCAUUGCCACACUUCAUGAUGCCGCUUAUUCGAAACUGGUUAAAGACAACAGGCAUUACAUGCGAGUGAUUUGCGAAGUCCUGCUUCUCACUGCUCAGCGGAAGAUUGCCCAACGUGAGACUGGAGGUUCAUUUCGUGUUGCCGAUAUAAAUAAAGAAGCUCUAGACUAUGGACCUUCUUGUGGUAAUUUUCUUGCGAUACUUGGUCUUCUUGCAAGGCAUGACCCAGUUGUUGCUGACAAAAUCCGCACUGGCCCGAAAAAUGCAAAGUAUACUCACCACAGCGUACAGAAUGCCAUCUUAGACAUUAUGAAAGACAUGGUUCUUGAGCAAAUAAAAAGUGAGCUCAAUAAGGCUCAGUAUUUUACCGUCCUUUCAGAUGAGUCUAAAGAUAGAAGCAAAAAAGAGCAGCUUGUUGUUGCAGUCCGUUACUGCUACGAGAAUGCCAUACAUGAGGAAUUUAUUGGCAUUGCUGAGGCGCAAAGUUUAGAUGCAGAUGGUCUUUCAGACACAAUAAUUGAACGAUUGCAACGCAUCGAAGCCAACAUGAAAGCAUGCGUGGGGCAAGGCUACGAUGGAGCUUCUGUUGUUUCUGGUCACCUGAAUGGCGUUCAAAGGAAACUUCCUCUGAAAACCGGUGCUGAAAUGGCUUACUACGUCCAUUGCUUUUGUCAUCGAUUGAACCUUGUGAUCGUCGAUGUUGUGAAAUCAAUCAGUUGUGUGGCAGACAUGAUAUCGCUAUUCAGAAGCCUGCAUUCUUUUCUGAGCAGCAGCACCGUUCAUGUACGAUGGGUAAAGGUCCAAGAGGAUCACAAGGUUCAUGUGAUGGAAAUUGGAAAAGUUUCUGACACGAGAUGGUCUUGCCAGGCGAAGCAAUUCAAUGUUUUCUGGGAGCGGUUGGAUAUCUUGGUGGAAGUCCUGCAGGAUGUGAUUGACACAGAUACGAACCCCGGUCGCAGAACAGAAGCUACUGGUUAUCUUCUGCAGAUUGACAGGAAAUUUGUGAGAUACCUGUUUGCCAUCCGACACGUCUUGAACAAAGCCAAAUUUGCGUCUGACAUGUUGCAGAAACCCUCCAAUGAUUUGAGUCAAGCCAUUGAUCUCAUUGCAACAUUGAAAGAUGAACUGGAUGACUGUCAAAGCAGGGAUAAGAUUCAAGAGUUCUGGGAUACUGCCGAAGAAGCAGCGGAUCGCUUGGAAUUGCCGGAAGAAAAAAGACCACCAAGAAAGAGGGCAACGCCUGCUUCUCUUCGAGAGUUUGUUGUGGAAGCAUCUUCAGAGCCUCAAGUAGCAAGCGGGUUUGAUGGCUACGUACAAAAUGUCAAAGAAAUACUAAACAGAACAACUGCAGAACUUUGCAAGCGGUUUGACGAAAAAAACAUAAAGAUCAUGAAAGGCAUAACUGCAUUGGCCCCCAAGUCGAAAAGCUACUUGGACCCAACAACUCUUGUCAAUUUUGCUGAGCUUUUUCAGUCUGAAAUUGGUGCACUACGCAGUGAAAUUGCCACAUUUAAAUAUAUGCUCUCAAGAAAAGAAGAAAAACACCGCCCAAGCACACUUCUGCAACUAGAGGCACACUUGGAAAAGCUAAAUGAAGCUUUCUUUGAGCUGCACCGGCUUGUAUCCAUCGCAUGCACUUUGCCAGUCUCUUCAGCCGAAUGUGAACGCAGCUUCAGCUCUAUGCGCCUCAUCAAGAGUGAUCUGCGCUCACUUAUGAAGGACGAGCGUCUAGACAGUCUGAUGAUGCUAGGUAUUCAUCGUGCCCGUGGAAGUGCUCUUGACUUGGACUCAGUAGUAGACAGAUUUAAGGCUAAGUUCCCGAAGAGUAGAAUUGCUCUGUGAAACAAUUUUGAUUCUUGGACUUGAAUUUUCGAUAUGUAGAAGUGCGUAUUCCACCGCUUAGGUCUGUUCCUAUAAAGUUACGUUGUGUUCCAGUUUUCCUUAAGUUCAGUUGGUUGCUUUUUAUUUAAAUUCAUACUUUCCAAAGAUAGGCCCUACUUGAAUUGGCAACGUUUGAUGAGUUGUAAAGAUUUAGAGUAGUUUUAAGCUUAUCUAGAGGCAGCUUUCAAAAAAAAUUUCCAGGGACGCCGGAGAAGGGGGGCGCGGGGGGGCAAGCGCCCCUCCUGCCCUUUGCUAGGAGGGGCAAGGGAGGGGGCAAACGUGCCCUUAGUAAUAUGUCAAAAAACGUAGUAAAAAACACGAUUACACCAUUUUGAUAGCAUUUUUAGCCAAUCUAAUGGGUGUAGCCACCAAAAUUUUCCCGGGGGAGUACCCCCGGACCCCCGAAUUUUCGGCUCGCAACGCUCGCCUUCGGUCUCCAGUACCCUUACAAUUCCUUGUCGCCCCCUAGCCCUAUCGUUCUCUAAAAAAAUUAGCCCCUCCGUCGGAAGUGCUAGCCCCUUUGUCGGAGGAAACCUAGCGCCACCACUGGAAA